AUGCCCGCCUCAGAGAACAUUCCCCCUAUUGUCGCUCCCUUUGUGUCGGAGCGAGCGAAGAGGCAGUUAGACUUGGUCGAGAAAUUCGUCGAGGAAGAAUGUAUCCCCGCCGAUGUCGUCUACUCGUCACAAAUCGGCUCGGGUGAUGCCCGCUGGCACGGCCACCCCUCUAUUAUGGAUGACCUGAAGCAGAAAGCCCGUGCAUUGGGCAUCUGGAACAUGUUCUUGCCCAAGAACCAUUUCAAGGAGGGGCCUCAAUUCACCAAUGUCGAGUAUGGGCUUAUGGCCGAGCAGUUGGGAAAGAGCAUUACAGCCAGCGAGGCGUGCAACUGCGCCGCUCCCGACACCGGCAACAUGGAGGUCAUUGCUCGCUAUGGCUCUCCAGCCCAGAAGGAGAGAUGGCUCAAGCCUCUCCUCGCAGGCGAGAUCCGCUCAGGCUUCCUCAUGACCGAACCCGAUAUCGCCUCCUCGGACGGCAGCAACAUCAAGCUCCGUAUUGAGCGCAAGGGUGACCACUACCUGCUCAACGGCUCAAAGUGGUGGUCGUCAGGCGCCGGCGAUGACCGCUGCAAGAUCUUCAUCGUCAUGGGCAAAUCCGACCCCAACAACCCAGACAAGUACCGACAGCAGAGUAUGCUAUUGGUGCCUUCCGACACUCCGGGCAUCAAGGUCCACCGCAUGCUCUCGGUGUUCGGAUACGAUGAUGCCCCUCACGGCCACGGCCACAUCACGUUCGACAAUGUGAAGGUACCCCUUGACGCGCUCAUUCUAGGCGAGGGUAGAGGCAACGAGAUCAUGCAGGGCCGUCUAGGACCCGGCCGAAUCCACCACGCCAUGAGAGCUGUCGGUGCCGCUGAACGGGCCCUUGAAUGGCUGAUCAACCGGCUCAACGACGACAGGAAGAUCCCCUUCGGCAAGCCUCUCCGCGAGCACGGCGUGCUGUUGGAGUGGGUCGCCAAAGCACGGAUUGAGAUUGACGCCUCGAGAUUGAUCGUGCUGAACGCUGCUGUCAAGAUAGACCAGAAGGACGCCAAGUUUGCCCUCAAGGAAAUCGCCGAGGCAAAGGUCAAGGUGCCACAAAUGGCGCUCAAAGUCAUUGACCGUGCGAUCCAGGUGCACGGCGCCAUGGGUGUCUGCCAGGACACGCCUUUGGCUCACAUGUGGGCACAUUUGAGGACGUUGAGAAUAGCCGACGGACCAGAUGAGGCUCAUCUAAGCCAACUCGGCCGCCGCGAGAACAAGUCGCGCGCACAGGACAUCCGAGCCCGUAUUGCACGCCAACAGGCCAAGACCGAGGAGAUCUUCCGAUCCAAGGGUCUGAGCCGUAACGAGCUGGGCUCUGCCAAAUUCAAGGCGAAGCUAUAA